AAACAAAUUAAACAUAUUUUUUGCUUUUCUCCAAAACAAUGCAAAGCAACGCAAAGCAAAACAAAACAGAGCAAAGCACAUAAUUUUACUGUAAAUCAUGGCCAAUAUUUUUUUCGUACAAAAAGAGAAAAUAAGCAAAAAAAAAAGAAGAAAAUUGUUUACUCUUCUUAUAUAAAAUCAUUGCCAAAAGUUUUAUUGCCUAUGUAGAGGCUUCCCUUACACACACACACACACACACACAAAUUGCAUACACAUUUAUAUGUAUUUUAUCUAAAUAUAUAUAUUUCAGUUGGCAGACAUGCCGAUAGACUUUAAAAUAGACAUAAUGUUGUAUAUCAGAGAUGUACACUUCAAUAGUUUUCAAAUAUCAACAAGUGAUUUAAAAAUAAUCUUUUCUUUUCUUGUUUUCUUCUUGCUUUUGCAUUUAUGUGUGCAAAAAUCGAAUUAAACAAAUGCUAUGCAAUGUAUCAUCAUGAGAUACUAAAAUUUUAAGCGAAUUCAAGCGACUGAUCGGAUCGAUAAGCGAUUGAGUGACAGAGGCAGAAUUCGUUACUGUCUUGAAGGCGAUUGAUGUAGAGGUGCCUUUGCCACCGUCUCACAAGCUCACGAUGACCGAAGUGUUUGAUACAAAAACAAAUAAACCGAAUUAUAACACUCUACGUGAACAUUUUAUAUUGGAGGGACGCAUUGAAGAGGAACCAGCCUUGCGUAUUAUUAGCGAGGGUGCUGCCAUAUUGCGAGCGGAGAAAAAUAUGAUCGAUGUUGAAGCACCAAUUACAGUAUGCGGUGAUAUACAUGGACAAUUUUUCGAUUUGGUAAAACUCUUUGAGGUCGGUGGUCCGCCAGGUUCAACUCGCUACCUAUUUCUCGGUGAUUACGUAGACCGAGGAUAUUUUAGUAUUGAGUGCGUUUUGUAUUUAUGGUCGCUGAAAAUUUGCUAUCCAAACACACUGUUUUUAUUGCGUGGUAAUCACGAGUGUCGUCACCUCACCGAGUAUUUUACGUUUAAACUGGAAUGUCAAAUCAAAUAUUCGGAACGAAUAUAUGAUGCCUGUAUGGAAGCUUUCGAUUGUCUACCCUUGGCCGCUUUAUUAAAUCAACAAUUUCUUUGCAUACAUGGAGGACUAUCUCCGGAAAUAUUCACACUCGAUGAUAUAAAAAAAUUAAACAGAUUUCGUGAACCACCUGCUUUUGGACCCAUGUGUGAUAUAUUGUGGUCCGAUCCUUUGGAGGAAUUCGGUAAUGAGAAGAAUAAUGAUUUUUUUACCCAUAAUUCGAUACGUGGUUGUUCAUACUUCUUUAGUUAUUUAGCCUGUUGUGAGUUCCUACAAAAAAAUAAUCUUUUAUCGGUGGUAAGGGCCCACGAGGCUCAAGACGCUGGCUACCGAAUGUACCGCAAAAAUCAGGUUACCGGAUUUCCUUCAUUAAUAACCAUAUUUUCGGCUCCUAAUUAUUUGGAUGUCUACAACAACAAAGCAGCUGUUCUUAAAUAUGAGAAUAACGUUAUGAAUAUACGACAAUUUAAUUGUUCGCCUCAUCCAUACUGGUUGCCAAAUUUUAUGGAUGUCUUUUCGUGGUCGUUGCCGUUUGUGGGCGAAAAGGUCACCGAAAUGUUGGUUAACAUCUUAAAUAUUUGCUCCGACGAAGAAUUGGUUGGCGGUGCCGAUGAUGAUUUGGAAGAAGAACUUCGUAAGAAAAUCGUUCUUGUACCAAUGAGUAAUAAUAAUAACAGUAACAGUAACAGUAACCCUCCAAAGAAAGCUUCGUCUGUGUCGGCCUUACGCAAGGAAAUCAUACGCAAUAAAAUACGAGCAAUUGGUAAAAUGUCGAGAGUAUUUUCGGUAUUAAGAGAGGAAUCCGAAUCGGUUUUGCAAUUAAAAGGUCUUACACCUACUGGUUCUUUACCGGCUGGUACUCUAGCAGGUGGCAAGGAUUCAUUACGUAAUGCUUUAAAAGGCUUAGGUGCUACGCAGCAAAUAACGUCGUUUGCUGAAGCCAAAGGUUUAGAUGCUGUCAAUGAACGUAUGCCGCCAAGACGUCCGCUGCUAAUAGGUCACAAUAACAAUUGUAAUGAAAAUUUAACGGCUAAAAACAAUGGCUCUUCAGCGCCAGGAGUUGUCACUAAAUACUCAUAGCUUUAAUUUAAAAAUAACAAGAAUAAAAAAAAUUGAAACCGUUUAGUAAAA